AUGUCGGCAGCUUCUUCGUCGAGCUCCCUUCUGCAGAUCCGAAACAACCGCUUGUUUCCCGCCCGAUCUCUGAGGAGAGACUCCACCUCCGUUUCUCAACUGGCCGUCGCGUCUGGCGUCAGCCGCAGGGGCUCAUGUUCCGUGAAGAAUCCGUUCAUGGGGACCCGGAUCAAGAGAUCCGGAUCCGAGACGCUUCAGCUCUGGAGAUCGGACGGUCCCGGCCGAUCUCCGAAGCUGAGGACGGUGGUUAAGUCGUCGUUCUCCGGUGUUCCGGAGAAGCCGAUGGGUCUGUACGAUCCUUCGUUUGAUAAAGACUCUUGCGGAGUCGGUUUUGUCGCGGAGUUGUCCGGCGAGACUAGUCGCAAAACGGUGACGGAUUCAUUGGAGAUGUUGAUAAGGAUGACUCACAGAGGCGCGUGUGGGUGUGAGAGCAACACUGGUGACGGCGCUGGUAUUCUUGUUGGUAUGCCUCAUGAGUUCUAUGCUCAGGCUGCUAAAGAUCUAGGCUUUGUGCUUCCUCCGGCUGGAAAGUAUGCUGUUGGUAUGUUCUUCUUACCAACCGCCGAGUCCAGGAGAGAUGAAAGCAAAAGUGUUUUCACCAAGGUUGCUGAAUCACUUGGUCAUUCAGUUAUUGGAUGGAGAUCAGUUCCUACUGAUAACUCUGGUUUGGGGAAGUCUGCUUUGCAGACAGAGCCGAUCAUCGAGCAAGUUUUCCUCACUCCUACAACUAAAUCCCAAGUUGACCUUGAGCAACAGAUGUACAUCCUUAGAAGGCUUUCCAUGGUUGCUAUCCGAGCAGCGUUGAACCUUGAACAUGGUGCCAUGAAGGACUUCUACAUCUGUUCUCUAUCUUCUAGGACUGUUGUCUACAAAGGACAACUGAAGCCUGAUCAGCUCAAGGAAUACUACUAUGCGGAUCUAGGGAGUGAAAGGUUUACGAGCUACAUGGCCCUGGUCCACUCUCGGUUCUCUACCAAUACAUUUCCCAGCUGGGAUCGUGCUCAGCCUAUGCGUGUUUUGGGCCACAACGGAGAGAUUAAUACCCUUAGGGGAAACGUGAACUGGAUGAGGGCACGUGAGGGUCUGCUCAAGUGCAAGGAACUUGGACUAUCAAAGCAGGAGUUGAAGAAGCUUCUACCUAUUGUGGAUGUUAGCUCUUCUGACUCAGGUGCUUUUGAUGGUGUUCUUGAGCUUCUUGUCCGAGCUGGAAGAAGUCUUCCUGAAGCUGUCAUGAUGAUGAUCCCUGAAGCAUGGCAGAAUGACAAAAACAUUGACCCAAGCAGAAAAUCGUUCUAUGAAUACUUAUCUGCGCUAAUGGAGCCAUGGGAUGGACCUGCUCUCAUCUCAUUUACUGAUGGCCGCUACUUGGGUGCCACAUUGGACCGUAACGGGCUUCGUCCUGGUAGGUUCUACAUAACCCACAGUGGAAGAGUCAUCAUGGCUAGUGAAGUUGGGGUGGUUGAUGUACCACCUGAAGAUGUGAUGAGGAAAGGAAGACUUAACCCAGGCAUGAUGCUUCUUGUCGAUUUUGAGAAGCAUAUCGUUGUUGAUGACGAUGCCUUGAAGCAACAGUAUUCCCAGGCAAGGCCCUAUGGCGAAUGGCUUGAAAGGCAAAAGAUUGAGCUCAAAGACAUCAUUAAGUCAGUUCCGGAGACUGAACGGAUUGCUCCACCAAUUUCUGGGGCUGUAACGGCGUCUAGUGAUGAUGACUCAAUGGAGAGCAUGGGCAUUCAUGGUUUACUGUCUCCACUAAAAGCCUUUGGCUACACAGUUGAGGCCUUGGAGAUGCUGCUGCUUCCGAUGGCUAAAGACGGCACUGAAGCACUUGGUUCUAUGGGAAAUGAUGCACCUCUAGCUGUUAUGUCGAACAGGGAGAAGUUAUGUUUUGAGUACUUCAAGCAAAUGUUUGCUCAAGUAACAAAUCCUCCGAUCGAUCCUAUCCGUGAGAAGAUUGUUACUUCAAUGGAGUGCAUGAUUGGCCCAGAAGGUGAUCUAACGGAAACAACUGAGGAGCAGUGUCACCGUCUCUCUCUGAAAGGUCCUCUAUUGACCAUUGAAGAGAUGGAAUCUGUUAAGAAGAUGAACUACAGAGGCUGGAGGACUAAAGUUCUUGAUAUAACUUAUCCUAAAGAAGAAGGCACAAAAGGGUUGGAGAUGACCUUAGACCGAAUCUGUGCUGAAGCAAAUGAAGCGAUCAAGGAGGGAUACACAUUACUAGUUUUGUCUGAUCGAGCUUUCUCUUCAACGCGUGUUGCUGUGAGCUCUCUCUUGGCUGUUGGCGCCGUUCAUCACCACCUGGUUAAGAGCCUUGCGCGAACUCAAGUUGGUUUGAUAGUGGAGUCUGCCGAGCCACGUGAAGUGCAUCAUUUCUGCACACUCGUCGGAUUCGGAGCAGAUGCUAUCUGCCCAUAUCUGGCUGUAGAGACCGUCCAUAGACUUCAGGUUGAUGGCAAGAUACCACCUAAAUCCAACGGGGAGUUCCACUCCAAAGAAGAGCUUGUCAAGAAGUAUUACAAGGCUAGCAACUAUGGGAUGAUGAAGGUUCUCGCCAAAAUGGGAAUCUCUACCCUGGCCUCAUACAAGGGUGCUCAAAUCUUCGAAGCUCUUGGGCUCUCCUCUGAAGUCAUUGAGAAGUGUUUCGCCGGUACCCCAAGCAGAGUUGAAGGAGCUACGUUUGAGAUGCUUGCACGUGACGCGCUUCUUUUGCACGAGAUGGCUUUUCCAGCACGUGCCUAUGCACCUGGAAGCGCGGAAGCUUCAGCACUCUCCAACCCUGGGAACUAUCACUGGAGGAAGAACGGGGAGAUUCAUCUUAACGACCCUCUCGCAAUUGCUAAGUUGCAAGAGGCAGCAAGGACUAACAGUGUAGCCGCCUACAAGGAGUACUCGAAGCGUAUUAAUGAGUUGAACAAGCAGAGUAACUUGCGUGGGCUCAUGAAGUUCAAAGAAGCAGAUGUCAAGAUUCCACUUGAUGAAGUGGAGCCUGCCAGUGAAAUUGUUAAGCGGUUCUGCACUGGAGCUAUGAGUUAUGGAUCGAUAUCGCUCGAGGCACAUCAAACGCUUGCAAUGGCUAUGAACAAACUUGGAGGAAAGUCAAAUACAGGUGAGGGAGGAGAACUGCCAUCCCGUAUGGAGCCUCUUCCAGAUGGUUCAAGGAACCCCAAAAGAAGUUCCAUCAAACAAAUUGCUAGUGGAAGAUUUGGUGUUUCGAGCUACUAUCUUACCAAUGCUGACGAGUUGCAGAUAAAGAUGGCUCAGGGAGCCAAACCUGGGGAAGGUGGAGAGCUACCUGGUCACAAGGUUAUAGGAGACAUAGCUAUCACCAGAAAUUCCACCGCUGGUGUGGGGCUUAUCAGCCCACCUCCUCAUCAUGACAUCUACUCUAUCGAGGAUCUUGCCCAGCUAAUUCACGAUCUCAAGAAUGCCAAUCCUGGGGCUCGUAUCAGUGUUAAACUUGUAUCAGAAGCUGGAGUUGGAGUUAUUGCUAGUGGUGUGGUGAAGGGUCACGCUGACCAUGUUCUGAUAGCAGGUCAUGAUGGUGGUACCGGUGCCUCUCGUUGGACUGGUAUUAAAAAUGCUGGUCUUCCGUGGGAGCUUGGUCUAGCAGAGACGCACCAAACCCUUGUUGCUAAUGACCUUCGUGGCCGUACUGUUCUUCAGACAGAUGGGCAGCUGAAAACCGGCAGAGAUGUUGCGGUUGCUGCUCUUCUCGGUGCUGAAGAGUUUGGUUUCAGUACUGCGCCUCUUAUUACACUCGGGUGUAUCAUGAUGAGGAAGUGCCACAAGAACACGUGCCCUGUAGGAAUCGCUACUCAAGAUCCAGUUCUCCGUGAGAAGUUUGCCGGGGAGCCUGAGCAUGUUAUCAACUUCUUCUUCAUGCUUGCUGAGGAAGUCAGAGAGAUCAUGUCUGGUCUUGGUUUCCGAACUCUAACCGAAAUGAUCGGUCGUGCAGAUAUGCUUGAGCUAGACAGGGAAGUUGUGAAGAACAACGAUAAGCUUGCGAACAUCGAUCUCUCUCUUCUGCUCAGACCCGCUGCUGAGAUUCGUCCAGGUGCUGCUCAGUACUGUGUCCAGAAACAAGAUCACGGCUUAGACAUGGCCUUGGAUCAAGAGCUGAUUGCGUUGUCCAAAUCUGCCCUAGAGAAGUCUCUUCCUGUGUACAUUGAAACUCCCAUCUGCAACGUUAACCGUGCUGUUGGGACAAUGCUGAGCCACGAGGUUACCAAACGCUACCACUUGGCUGGGCUACCAAAGGAUACAAUUCACAUCAAGUUCUCAGGAAGUGCUGGGCAGAGUCUUGGAGCUUUCUUGUGUCCUGGUAUUACGCUAGAGCUUGAGGGUGAUAGCAACGACUAUGUUGGUAAAGGUCUCUCCGGAGGUAAAGUUGUUGUCUACCCUCCUAAAGGAAGCAGCUUCGAUCCCAAAGAAAACAUUGUUAUCGGUAACGUGGCGCUUUACGGUGCCACUAGUGGUGAAGCCUACUUUAACGGGAUGGCGGCUGAGAGAUUCUCUGUUCGUAACUCUGGUGCUCAAGCCGUUGUGGAAGGUGUUGGUGACCACGGUUGCGAGUACAUGACUGGUGGAACCGUUGUGGUGCUUGGAAAGACUGGUAGAAACUUUGCUGCUGGUAUGAGCGGUGGUAUUGCUUACGUCCUUGACGUGGAUGGGAAGUUCCACACGAGAUGCAACCUUGAACUCGUUGAUCUGGACAAAGUUGAAGAUGAUGAAGAUAAAAUGACGCUCAAGAUGAUGAUCCAGCAGCAUCAACGACACACAAACAGCCAACUUGCACAAGAGGUUCUCGGAGACUUUGAGAAUCUGCUUCCGAAGUUUAUCAAGGUCUUCCCUAGAGAUUACAAACGUGUUUUGGCGGCCAUGAAAGACGAGGAAGUCUCCAAGCAAGCGAUUGAUCGUGCUGCUGAAGAAGCUGAGGAGAUGGAAGAGAAGGAAGUUGAGGAGAAGGACGCCUUUGCAGAGCUGAAGAACAUGGCAGCAGCAGCCUCUUCCAAAGAGGUUGUGUCUGGAAACGGAGCUGCCACUGAAGCUCCGAAGAAGCCUUCUCUGGUAGAUAAUGCUGUUAAGCAUCGUGGCUUCAUUGCUUAUGAGCGUGAGGGAGUUAAGUACAGAGAUCCCAAUGUUCGUAUGAAUGACUGGAACGAAGUCAUGGAGGAAUCAAAGCCCGGACCGCUUCUCAAGACUCAGUCUGCUCGUUGCAUGGACUGUGGAACUCCUUUCUGCCACCAGGAGAACUCUGGGUGUCCCUUAGGUAACAAGAUCCCUGAGUUCAAUGAACUUGUUUACCAAAACAGAUGGCAAGAAGCGCUGAAUCGUCUACUUGAGACGAAUAACUUCCCUGAGUUUACUGGGAGAGUAUGCCCGGCACCGUGUGAAGGUUCAUGUGUUCUUGGUAUAAUCGAGAACCCCGUUUCUAUCAAGAGUAUCGAGUGUUCUAUUAUAGAUAAAGCCUUUGAGGAAGGGUGGAUGGUACCAAGACCUCCUCUCACGAGGACAGGGAAGAAAGUUGCAAUUAUCGGUAGUGGUCCGGCUGGACUUGCUGCUGCCGACCAGCUGAACAAAAUGGGCCACUCGGUAACGGUCUAUGAGCGUGCUGAUAGAAUUGGUGGGCUUAUGAUGUAUGGAGUCCCAAACAUGAAGACCGACAAAAUUGACAUAGUUCAGCGCCGGGUUGAUCUUAUGACCAAAGAAGGUAUCAACUUUGUGGUCAAUGCUAACAUUGGAAAAGACCCGUCUUACUCUCUAGAUGGACUCAAGGAGGAGAAUGAUGCAAUCGUUCUCGCUGUUGGCUCCACUAAACCAAGAGAUCUUCCAGUGCCUGGUCGUGACUUAACUGGUGUUCACUUUGCUAUGGAGUUUCUUCAUGCAAACACCAAGAGCUUGUUGGACAGCAAUCUUGAAGAUGGCAAUUACAUUUCCGCCAAGGGUAAGAAGGUUGUGGUUAUUGGUGGAGGUGAUACCGGCACGGAUUGUAUCGGUACCUCUAUCCGCCAUGGUUGCACCAACAUUGUAAACCUAGAGCUUCUUCCUCAGCCACCAUCAACGAGAGCUCCUGGAAACCCUUGGCCACAGUGGCCUCGUGUGUUCCGUAUUGAUUACGGACAUCAAGAAGCUGCCACCAAAUUUGGAAAAGACCCUAGAACCUAUGAGGUCUUGACCAAGAGGUUCAUAGGAGAUGACAACGGAAACGUGAAAGGGCUUGAGAUCGUGCGUGUGAGUUGGGAGAAGGAUGAAUCCGGAAGGUUCAAUUUCAAGGAGAUUGAAGGCUCUGAGGAAAUAAUUGAAGCGGACCUUGUUUUCUUGGCAAUGGGAUUCCUUGGACCUGAGCCUACACUUGCUGAGAAGCUAGGACUAGAAUGCGACAACAGGUCGAACUUUAAGGCAGAGUAUGGCAGGUUCUCCACAACUGUGGAAGGUGUCUUUGCAGCUGGUGAUUGUAGGAGAGGCCAGUCUUUGGUGGUUUGGGCUAUCUCAGAAGGACGUCAAGCUGCAUCUCAGGUGGACAAAUUCCUCAGCAAAAACGAGGAUGACCUAGUUGACGCAACGGUAGGACAAAAUCUCAACGAGGUGAAGCACCAACACUAG